CCAGGAACUGAGAGAAUGUCUUCCAGAGAUUUGACAGUGGGAAUGAUCUUCUUAUUACAGACUACAUUGGGAAUUCUGGGGAAUUUCUCUCUUCUUUACCAUUAUCUCUUCCUCUGCUUCACAGGGUGCAGGUUAAGGUCCACAGACUUGAUUCUCAGGCACCUCAUUAUAGCCAACACCUUGGUCCUCUCUAAAGGAAUCCCCCAGACAAUAUUAAGUUUUGGGUGGAAAGAUUUUCUCAAAGAUUUUGGAUGCAAACUUGUUUUCUAUGUUCACAGAGUGGGCAGGGGAGAGUCCAUUGGCAGCACUUGCCUCUUGAGUGUCUUCCAGGCCAUCACCAUCAGCCCCAGGAAUGCCAGGUGGGCAGAGUUUAAGGUGAAAGCUCCCAAGUACAUUGGUCUCUCCAGUAUCCUCUGCUAGAUCCUGUACAUGCUGGUAGAUAUCAUAGUCCCUAUCUAUGUGACUGGCAAUUGGAGCAAUACAAUUAUCACAAAGAAAAAAGAUUUUGGAUUCUGUUCUUCUGCAGUUUAUGACAAAACCACAUGCUUACUAUAUGUAGCAUUGUUUUCAUUCCCUGACAUUGUAUGUUUGGGACUCAUGUCCUGGGCUAGUGGCUUCAUGGUUUUCAUCCUGUACAGACACAAGCAGCGGGUCCAACACAUUCGUAGGAACAACCUCUCCCCUAGCUCCUCCCCUGAGUCCAGAGCCACUCAAACCAUCCUUGUUCUGGUAAGCACCUUUGUAUCUUCCUAUACCCUCUCUUCCAUCUUGGACACUUGUGUGAUUCUUUUUAAUAAUCUGAGUUUGUGGCCGACAAAAAUCUCACCACUGUUUGUUGCAUGUUUCCCAACUGUCAGCCUCUUUGUUCUCCUGAGCCGUGACUACAGUGUACCAGUGUAUGUGCACUGA